UUUGUGCAGUUUUGCAUGGUCAUGACGUUUUUAUUUUGAAAUAUUCAGACCGGAAGCGUCACUGUUGCUGCUAACGUAGGACUGGUCGUCUGCGAAUCACAACAUAACGUUACUCGAAAGAGAAGCUUUACGCAUCGCACAAUUUCUCGCUGAUUAGGGAGGGCAGUGAUACCAUGUGGAAGUCACAUGAACGACAAGGAUGAGGCAUAAACAACAAGGGGGCAGUUUGAGGAGAGAGCCGCUGCACAGUGUCUACCAUAGGGAGGGGGUUUGCUGCUUGUAAAGGCCCUGCACAAGCAGCCCCCUGUGUCCCCCUUUCCUGAACAUAUGCAAUGAACAGCACUACUCAGCCCCCUGCCAUCAUAGAUGGGGAUGUGGCAGUCGGCUAUGUGUUAGUGCCAUUUUUCCUCAUCACCAUCAUUGGAAUAGCUGCAGCUGUGGUCAUGUAUAUUCGUAAGAAAAGGAGAAUUGACAGACUCCGUCAUCAGCUGUUACCAGUAUACACAUAUGAUCCUUCAGAGGAACUUAAUGAAGCUGAACAAGAAAUGUUGUGGAGAGAAGAGGACACAAGGGUUGUACAAGGUUGGGCCAGGAGUUAUCAACACCGACGCCCUCUUCUGACCAAAGACGUCAAUGCAUGAUGGUAGUAAACCACGGCAUAGAACAUUUUCAGUGUGGAGACAACCUUCGGCCACAAAGGUCAUUUUUGGAGGUCAUGCACAAGACUUUCUUUGUUUGUUUUUCUUUGCUACCGUUUGCCAUUAUCUUUGAGCACAUCAGCAACAGUCAGCAUUUUUACGUUUCCUGUUUUUAUGUACAGUACAGACAGCAUGACUGUUCAUAUGUGUGGUUCUGAUGCCAAACCUGUGUGCCUAACAGACGCAGUAACUUAUUUAUUUGAAAUUAUUUAUUCAGACUUUUUACUGUGGUAUUCAGUGACAUGACUCAUAGGCAGAAUCUAAAGAUACAGGAUCCUGUAGGUUUACUCUGUUGUUUACAUACAUAAUGUUGUUGCGGCCGACAUGUGGCACACAGUUAUGUUCCUGUGGGUUGCAGUAGGCAUUUGUUGUGACUAUAAUUUAGGGGCCGUCUUCACAGUGUGGUAAGAAUAUGAAUGUUCUGCACUAGUUAGAAAUCAUCACUCCUGCUGCGAGAGGGUUUGUCAUCAUUGCCUGGAUAGGUUGUUGUGCAGAGGUUGUUUAAAGUGCAUUAAAAACAAAUAUGGCUUCUUUGAUGAAAUAGUUUUCACAUUUGCAAUAACACUUCCACAAGGAGUUUUAAAUGUAUAGUUUCACAUUGAUGAAGAUAGACAUAAGUUUUAAAAUUAACUUGGGUUUGGUACAUUUUAAGUUUCAUUUUAAGUCAAAAGGUUGAACACACCCUCUUUAGUUUUAAUUUCCUCUCAGAAUUUAAGUAGCUGCCCCACGAUCCAGAUCUUUUUGUGGUUUAGCCAAAUCCUGUGACUCUUGUGUGAAUCAAUGGUAUGAGAAGAUAUGGAAGUAGAUAUCAAGCGCCUCUCAUCCCCAAAAUGAGUUGUGACUAGUGCCCUAAAUAUGUCCUGUCUACAAGGCAUGGCACCAGCACAAAUUUACCUCCAGCUCAAGAGUCUGUUCAGAUGAAUAGGUCUGACUGAUAUCAAGCUCUCAGGAAGCCUUUUUUUUUUCCUCUCGAUGAAUUUUAACCUUUCCUGGCCUUUAUUUGCUUUGCAUUUGUGAAUGUAAACUAAAUACAAUGGAACUGUUAAGCUGUUUUUGAAGGGGAACUUGCAUUGUUGUGAAAAAAAAAAAAAGAGCAGCUUUGACACGUUUUAAUUUCUGGACCUGAAAACAUCUGUACCCCAGAACAUUUCUAUGCAUCAUCCGGAGACAUCCCCCCCAUUUAUGUGAAAUACCAAUGAACUAAGGUAUUCAGAAUUUAAACUGUAUAAAUAUCCAAGCAUAUUCUUUUGCACUGGUGAAAUACUUGGUAAAUAUUUAAUAGAUAGCUCUGAUUUCAGGUUGCACUUGAAAAGUCCAAGAACUACUGAUGGAAAUGUGAAUUUGGCAGCACUGUUAAAGUUUCUGACUGUUGCACGAGCUUGUUGCUUUGAUAGAGAAUUGAUAGAUUGGUUUAAAAAAAAUUUGAACAUGUAAAUAAAGUAAUAUAACCUUG